AUGCCUGUAACCCAAUUCGCUGUGACCGACACGUACGAAUAUCUGAAUGGGUUCGGGGGGUACAAAGAGAGUGAAGCCAUAGCUGGUACCUUACCACUGGCCGCUAACUCGCCUCAAAAAUGUCCCUAUGGACUCUACAAUGAGAAGCUGUCCGGGACGGCCUUCACUGCGCCGAGAGACGACAACCAACAGACCUGGCUCUACCGUGUCCUCCCCUCGGCCAGUCACCAAAACUUCGAACCGGUACCCUCAUCUUCCUCUCAAGCCUUGAACUCUCCCACUCCCAGCUUUGGUACUCGUUUCAAUGCCAUACCCAACCAAUUGCGAUGGGAUCCUUUCGAUUUCGACAAAGAGGUGUCAUGGAUUCACGCCCUCCACUUGGUCGCUGGAGCCGGUGAUCCGACGAUGAAACAAGGCUUGGGCAUCUAUAUCUAUGCGGCUGGUUCGAGCAUGCCCGAAAAGACAGCCUUUUACAGCGCGGAUGGUGAUUUCUUGAUCGUUCCCCAACAUGGCGUGCUGGACAUCCGAACCGAAUUGGGCAAGAUGUUGGUGCGACCGAAUGAAAUCUGCGUCAUUCCGCGGGGAAUUCGAUACCACGUUGCACUGUACAACGAUGAGCCUACGCGGGGAUACAUUUGUGAGCUCUAUCAGGGACACUUCAGGCUGCCCGAACUAGGUCCGAUUGGUUCCAACGGGUUGGCCAACGCCCGAGACUUCCAAACCCCGGUGGCAGAUUUCAUUGAGGACUAUGAGAACACGGAGUGGACUUUGUAUGGCAAAUUUGGAGGCAACCUCUUCUCCGCCAAACAGUCGCACACACCAUUCGACAUUGUGGGGUGGCAUGGUACUUACUACCCCUACAAGUAUGACCUCGGGCGAUUCAACCCCGUGGGCAGCAUUUCAUACGACCAUCCUGAUCCUUCCAUCUUUACUGUUCUUUCUGCGCCAUCUCAUCCCCACGGAGCGGGAACGGCGGUUAUUGAUUUCGUUAUUUUCCCUCCUCGCUGGCUGGUCCAAGAAGGAACUUUCCGACCACCAUGGUAUCAUCGCAACACCAUGUCGGAGUUUAUGGGGCUGAUUAUGGGCAACUAUGAUGCCAAGGGUGCUGGCAAAGGUGGAUUUCAGCCGGCUGGAGCAAGUUUACACAAUACCAUGAGUGGGCAUGGGCCAGACAUGCAGACAUUUGAGAAGGCGUCAACGAUGGAUUUGCCCCCACAAAAGGUGGGCGAGGGUAGCAUGGCGUUUAUGUUUGAGAGUUGUUUGAUGGUUGGCGUUACCGAAUGGGGAUUGUCCAAGUGCCAAAAGGAUUAUAAUGCUCAUUCGUGGGAGCCUUUGAAGGUACAUUUCAGACGGCCGAACACGGCUAAUGGGGCCAGCAAGAAGAACGGAUGUGCCUGA